AUGGAUUCUAAUUUAAAUCAAGAUGGGAUGUCUAGACCAUCUUAUGUUUUCAGUGCUGACCCACUUGCAAGACCUUCAGAAAUAAAUUUUGAUGGCAUUAAGCUUGACCUCUCUCGUGAAUUUUCCUUAGUUGCUUCAAGCACUGAGGCAAACAGUUCCGAAUCUAAAGAUUAUCUCCAAGUUUGUCUUCGAGUAAGACCAUUCACGCAGCCAGAAAAAGAACAUGAGUCUGAGGGCUGUGUGUAUAUUCUGGAUUCACAGACUGUUGUGCUGAAGGAGCCUCAGUGUACCCUUGGUCGUUUAAGUGAGAAAAGCUCAGGGCAGAUGGCACAGAAAUUCAGUUUUUCCAAGGUUUUUGGCCCAGAAACUACACAGAAGGAUUUCUUCCAGGGUUGCAUUCUGCAGCCAGUUAAAGACCUCUUAAAAGGACAGAGUCGACUGAUUUUUACUUAUGGGCUAACCAAUUCCGGAAAAACUUACACGUUUCAAGGCACAGAAGAAAAUACUGGCAUUCUUCCUCGAACUUUGAAUGUGUUAUUUGAUAGUCUUCAGGAAAGACUGUAUACAAAGAUGAACCUUAAACCGCAUAGGUCCAGAGAAUACUUACGGUUAUCACCAGACCAAGAGAAAGAAGAAGUUGCUAGCAAAAGUGCAUUACUUCGGCAAAUUAAAGAGGUUGUUAUGCAUAAUGACAGUUAUGGUGCUCUUUAUGGAAGUCUAACAAACUCUUUGAGUAUCUCAGAGUUUGAAGAAUCCAUGAAAGAUUGUGAACACUCGAACUUGAAUAUGGAUAUUAAUAGGAAAUUUUCUGUGUGGGUAUCUUUCUUUGAGAUUUACAACGAAUGUAUUUAUGAUUUGUUUGUUCCUGUAUCAUCUAAGUUCCAAAAGAGAAAGACACUGCGCCUUUCCCAAGAUGUAAAGGGCUAUUCUUUCAUAAAAGAUCUACAGUGGAUUCAAGUAUCUGAUGCCAAAGAAGCAUAUAGACUUUUAAAGCUAGGAACAAAACACCAGAGUGUUGCUUUCACAAAACUGAACAAUGCUUCUAGCAGAAGUCACAGCAUAUUUACCAUUAGAAUAUUACAGAUUGAAGAUUCGGAAAUACCACAUGUAAUACGAGUCAGUGAAUUGUCUUUAUGUGAUCUUGCUGGCUCAGAACGAAGCAUGAGGACCCAGAAUGAAGGUGAAAGGUUAAGAGAGACUGGGAACAUCAACACUUCUUUAUUGACUCUGGGAAAGUGUAUCAGUGUUUUGAAGAACAGCGAAAAGUCAAAGUUUCAACAGCAUGUGCCUUUCCGGGAAAGUAAAUUGACCCACUAUUUUCAAAGUUUUUUUAAUGGUAAAGGGAAGAUAUGUAUGAUUGUCAACAUCAGCCAAUGUUCUUUUGCCUAUGAUGAGACACUCAAUGUGUUGAAGUUCUCAGCCAUUGCACAAAAAGUUUGUGUUCCAGAUAUUUUAAAUUGCUCUCAAGAGAGAUCAUUUGGGCCUGUCAAAUCUUCUCAAGAUGAAUCAUUAGAUAUUAAUAAUUCAGAUAAUAAAAUACUAAAUGAAAAAAGAUCCACGAUUUCAUGGGAAAGUAGUCUAGAAGAUGUGGUGGAAGAUGAAGAUUUGGUUGAGGAUCUAGAAAAAGCUGAAGAAAAGCAGAAUGUGGAAACUGAAUUUACUGAUGAAGAUCUAGAUAAUACAUUAGAGGAUGAUAAGGCUUUCAGUAGCCAUGCGGGGAAGAGAAAACUUUUGGAUUUAAUAGAAGAUUUGAAAAAAAAACUAAUAAAUGAAAGAAAAGAAAAGUUAACAUUGGAAUUUAAAAUUCGUGAAGAAGUUACACAGGAGUUUACUCAGUAUUUGGCCCAACGAGAAGCUGACUUUAAGGAAACUCUCCUUCAGGAGCGAGAAAUUUUAGAAGAAAAUGCUGAAUGUCGUUUGGCUAUUUUCAAGGAUUUGAUUGGUAAAUGUGAUACUCAGGAGGAACCAAAGAAUGAAGAUCACACCAUGAAAGAUGAAACUGAAGAAGGACAUAAUUAUGUAGGAAUUGAAGAUAUUAUUGAUUCUCUUCAAGAUGAUGUCACUGGUAUUAAGAAACAGGCUGAAAUUGCUCACUUAUAUAUUGCAUCUCUUGCUGACCCCCAGGAAGCUAUUGCUUGUUUAGAAAUAAAGUUUAAUCAAGUUAAAGCUGAAUUAGCUAAAACCAAAGAAGAAUUAAUCAAAACCCAAGAAGAGUUAAAAAAGAGAGAAAGUGAAUCAGAAAUUAAUUUAAAUUCAUUGGUUCAAGAGCUUGAGAAAUCUAAUAAGAAAAUAAUUAUGCAGAAUCAAAGAAUUCAAGAGUUGAUGGAUAAAAUUGACCAAAAAGAGGAUACUAUUAACAAGUUUCAGAACCUAAAAUUUCAUAUGGAAAACACAUUUAAAGGCAGUGACAAUGUUGGUAAUUCUUCUUUAAUAAUAAACAAUAAAUUGGUUUGUAAUGAAACGACUGAAAUGUCUAAGGACAGCAAAAUUAAAACGUAUUCAGGAAGAAAAAGAUUAAAUGAAAUUGAACUUCAACAAGAUGAACCACCAGCAAAGAAAGGACUUACACAUGCUAGUCCAACUAUCACUGAAGACCGAAAGAAAAGUGAAGAAAUGCAAGAGAGCAUUUCAGAUGAGGAAAACAUUAGAGUUCUACAGGAAAAUAAUGAGUUAAAAACACGUUUGCUCACCAUUGAGAAUGAACUUAAAAAUGAAAAGGAAGAAAAAACAGAAUUAAAUAAACAGAUUGUUAGUUUGCAGCAGGAACUUGCUUCUUCUGAAAAAAAAAGUUUAGGUUUUAGUAUAGAGGUCCAACAAAUUCAGUUGAGUUAUGACAAUGUGAUUUCUGAAUUACAUGUGCAGAAAAGUAUAAAUCAAGAACAGAAGGAAAGGAUCAUGAAAUUGUCAGAAGAGAUAGAAACUGCUAGAAGAAACAUCACAAGUAAUGUUUCCCAAAUAAAAUUAAUGCAAGCAAAAAUAGAUGAACUGCGUAGACUUGAUUCAAUUUCUCAGAUCGCAAGCGUAGAUUUACUCAAUCUCAGGGAUCUGUCCAGUGGUUCUCAAGAAGAUAAUCUGCCGAAUACACACUUACAUCAUUUGGAUACUGAUUAUCUGAUAAGUAAGCAGGUUAGCGAGCGUGGUGUUCGGGAACUUAGUGGGGAAAGGUCUUUCCACGCUGCUGUUGAAGCCAUUUGGGAGGAGUGUAAGGAGAUUGUAAAGACUUCCUCCACAAAAACCCGUCGGAUUGAGGAACUGCAACAACAAAUUGAAAAAUUACAGGCAGAAGUAAAAGACUGUACAGAUGAAAACAAUAGACUAAAAAUAGAGGAGAGGGAGAAGAAAACUCAAGAUGAGUUACUAAAAGAAAAAGAUAGUCUUAUACAGCAGCUGAAGGAAGAAUUGCAAGAAAAAAACGUUAGUCUUGAUAUUGAAGUACAGCAUGUAGUGGAAGGAAAGAGAGCACUUUCAGAACUUAUGCAAGAUGUUACUUGCUAUAAGGUGAAAAUAAAGGAACUUGAAGCAGUGUUAGAAACUCAGAAAGAUGAAUGUAGCCAUUCAGCCAAGUUAGAACAAGAAAUUAUGGAAAAGGAAUCUAUCAUUUUAAAGCAAGAAAGAGAUCUGAAUGAUUGUCAAGCAAAUCUUAAAGAUUCUAUCCAAAAUGCCAGAGAUUUAAGUGAAAGGGAAGUCAAAUUGAAAGAAGAAAUCACGCAAUUAACAAAAAAUUUGCAAGAUGCUAAGCAUUCACUUCAAUUAAAGGAAGAAGAAAAGGAAACAAGCUGGCAAGAAACAGAAAAGUUGAAAGAGGAGCUCUCUGCAAGCACUACUCUUACUCAGAAUCUGAAAGCUGAUCUUCAGAGGAAGGAAGAAGAUUAUGCUGAGCUGAAAGAGAAACUGGCUGAUGCCAGAAAGCAGAUUGAGCAAGUACAGAAAGAGGUCUCUGUAAUGCGUGAUGAGGAGAAAUUGUUGAGGAUUAAAAUUAAUGAACUGGAGAAAAAGAAAAACCAGUGUUCUCAGGAAAUAGAUAUGAAACAGCGAACCAUUCAGCAACUUCAGGAGCAGUUAAAUAAUCAAAAAGCGGAAGAAGCUAUACAACAGUAUGAGAGAGUGUGCAAAGAUCUGAGUGUUAAAGAAAAAAUAAUCAAAGACAUGCAAAUGACCCUGGAAGAACAAGAGCAAACUCAGGUAGAACAAGAUCAAGUGCUUGAGGCUAAAUUAGAAGAAACCAAAAGACUGGCCACAGAAUUGGAAGAAUGGAAGGAAAAAUGCAAAGUUUUGGAAGCCAAACACAAUCAAAGUUCAAAUAAAGAAUUUGAGGAUAACACAGAUGUACUUAAUACAAAACUCAGUAAGCUUCAAGAUGAGUUACAGGAAUCUGAACAGAAACAUGAAGCUGAAAGAAAAAAAUGGUUAGAAGAAAAAAUGAUGCUUAUCACUCAAGCAAAAGAAGCUGAGAAUCUCCGAAACAAAGAGAUGAAAAAAUAUGCUGAAGACAGAGAACAUUGUUUGAAGCAACAAAAUGAAAUGGAAAUACUUAAAGGACAGUUGGCUGAGAAAGAUGGUAACCUCCAGCAGUGGCGGGAAGAACGUGAUCAACUGGUUGCAGCUUUAGAAAUAGAGCUGAAAGCACUGAUCUCCAGUAAUGUACAAAAAGAUAAUGAAAUCGAACAAUUAAAAAAGAUCACAUCAGAGGCUUCUAAGACAGUCACGGCUUGUUGCUUUAAUAUUUCCUUACAGACCACGGAUAGCCAGCCCACACAAAUGAGUUCAGCAAAUCCUGGCAGGAUUGAAACUGAACCUCAGUCAACAAGUUUUGAAAUUUCUAGGGGUGAAGUCGAGGAUGGAUCUGUAGUCCUUGACUCUUGUGAAGUGUCAACAGAAAAUAAUCAAAGCACUCGAUUUCCAAAACCUGAGUUAGAGAUUCAGUUUACACCUUUACAGCCAAACAGAAUGGCAGUAAAACACCCAGGUUGUACCUCACCAGUGACGGUUAAGAUUCCCAAGACCCGAAAGAGGAAGAGUCAUGAAAUGGAAGAGGACUUUGUGAAAUUUGAAAAUAAGAAGAAUGCUACACCAAGAACUAAUUUGAAGUCCCCUGUUUCUGAGCAUAGAAAUUCUUCUGUCAAAAAGGAACAAAAGGUUUCUGUACGCCCAUCAUCUAAGAAAACUUACUCUUUACGGAGUCACGCAUCCACAAUUGGUGUAAAUGGGUCUGCUAAGAAAAAAGAAGGAACGCUGCAGAAAUUUGGAGACUUCUUACAACAUUCUCCGACUAUUCUUCAAUCCAAAGCAAAGAAGAUAAUUGAAACGAUGAGCUCUUCAAAGUUCUCGAAUGUAGAAGUAAGUAAAGAAAAUGUGUCUCGACCAAAACGGGCCAAACGAAAAUUAUACACAAGUGAAAUUUCAUCUCCUAUUGAUAUAUCUGGCCAAGUGAUUUUGAUGGACCAUAAAGAGAAAGAAAGCGAUCAUCAGAUUCUCAAACGACGACUUCGAACCAAAACAGUCAAAUAA